AUGACAACUACUCGGCCUUCUGAGAGCAUGAAUAACUUCUUCAAAAAAUACUUAAAGAGAACCUUAUCGUUCAAAAGCUUUGUGAUUCAAUAUGACGAAGUUCUUACUACUCUUCGGGAGACAGAAAAUUAUGAAGAUUUCAGAAGCAGGCAAAAAAAAGAAAAAUUGCGUACUGAGUGGCCAAUAAAAAUUCGAGCAGCUGAACGUUAUACACCAUAUAUGUUUUCCCACUUCCAGAAAGAAAUUCUUCAUACUUUGGAUUUGAUUUCAGAAGUUGCUGGUCAGGAUGGACCAGUACUCACGUACAAGGUAACAUCAUUUUAUUGUUCUUUAGCUCGUACUGUUACCUAUAAUUCUUCAGACAAUUUUAUUGAGUGUAGUUGCAAGCAAUUUCAGUUUAUGGGAGUCUUUUGUGCUCACUCAUUGAAGAUAUUUCACUUGAAUCAAUUGCUUGAACCGUCAAAAUACUAUUUGAGUCGUUGGACAGUAGAUGCAAAAGCCGACAUUGGUAUGGAAGAGCCUGGGAGGCUAAUUCAAGGUAUUAAUACUUCAUCUACCCAACAAUACAGUGAGUUGGACCAUAUGGAUUUAUCUUUAGCCACGAAGGGUACAAGCACGGGAACUUCUGGUUCAUACACAAAAAAGUUGCUUACUGGAGCCAUGGAAGAGCUGGAUAAAUAUUUGCAAUCUAAUCAACAUGAUCAUACCGAAAAGAAAGAAAAUGUUGUUGAUGCGAAUGAUAAAGACAAGGGUGAAGGAAGUCUGCAAAUUCCGCUUGGUGUUAACAUAACCGUACGAGACCCUCCUCGAAGAAAAAAAUCUAGUAAGAAGAAGGCUGGCCGAAUCAAGAUGGCGUAUGAGAAAAAUAAAUCCAAAUCUGCAACAACAAAAAAAGCAGUGACAAGAACAACCAAAACUAAACCAACAACAGUAAAAAGGAAGAGGCAAUCACAGAAAGAGCCAUCGGGGGAGAAACAAAGAGCAAAGAAGCGGAAACGACCCCAAGUCAAACCAACGGACAAGUACGUUAAAGCGAAGAAAUUGUACAAACUGAACCUACAAUUUCAGGUAGAGGAAGAUGGUAUAGAAGUAUCUCCUUUUGGUUCUGAUGUAGAAGAAAUAGCUCCAUUUGGUACUGAUGUAGAACUAGAUAUGGUGGAAGGUGAAACAACACCUCGUGUCGUCGGAAGUGCGGAAUCUAAUGAGAGCUUUUUGGCACUUCUGUCGCAACAAAGUUAUCCAGGAUAA